UAUUUACAACCUUGCGGUGACAGCACCUCUUAGCUACUCGGGAAUAAUUUGCGGGCUUUUAAAAAAAGUUCCUACGCGGAUUUAGAUGGAAAAAUAACAACCAAAAUUUCAUUUGGUAUUUGAUGUCCUACUCAAGAUUCUGUAUAAAACUGGCAAUUAAAUGUUUGGUUUUUCUGGUUAACAUGACGGCACUUUCGUUCUAUUGUUAUUGAUACGUAAUUGCGGAUUGUUGUGUGUGUGAGGAGGAAUCUUCCGGUGAAGAAAUUCGCCAGAUAUCAGUCGAAGUGGAAAGUUUUACCAGUAUAUCUACUCGAAAAAUUUGCUGUGAAUUCACUUCGGCGUUUCAGAUUACCAAUUGGAAAUGGAAAGGAAAAUAAUAACAUGACGAUGUUCUUUUUGAGGAAGGAAAAUUUGUAAUAAUCUCAUCGUGGCAAGCAAAAGGCCAAUUGGCCUAAAAUUUAAUUACUCGAGCCGAGCUAAAAGCAAAAGACAUGGCGAAGCCUGCCGGCUAUGAACAGUUAAGCAGUGAAGAGGAUCGUUACCAGGAGUUAGCUGAAGAUCCGAAUGCAAAUGAGCAGGGUGAAGGAUCGAGAGAAUCUUCUCCAAAGAAAUCAAGGGGCAAAGUCAGGACUUUUCUUGAAGAGAAAAUUGGCUAUCCUGUCCAGGUUUAUUUCAUUCUUGGAAAUGAAUUGUGUGAAAGGUUUUCAUACUAUGGGAUGCAUGCCAUUCUUGUACUUUACCUCACAUCCAUGUUGAAGAUGGACAAGGAUCAUGCUACUGAAGUUUACCAUGCAUUCAAUAUGCUAUGUUAUUUCAGUCCCAUAUUUGGGGCCAUAAUUGCAGAUAGCUUCUGGGGAAAAUACAAGACCAUUUUGUACAUUUCUCUUGUGUAUGCAAUUGGCAAUAUUGUAGUAGCCAUUACAGCAAUUCCAAGUCUUUUAAAUGCAGUCAAACUGGUUGGUCCCAUGAUUGGGUUGCUGUUGAUUGCUAUUGGAACAGGUGGGAUAAAACCGUGUGUUUCUGCAUUUGGUGGUGAUCAGUUCGAAGCCGGACAGGAAGACAAACUACAAAGCUUCUUCUCAAUCUUCUACUUUUCAAUCAAUGUGGGAAGUCUGACUUCCAUGUUGUUAACCCCUAUUUUAAGAGGUGAUGUUGAGUGCUUUGGGCAUGAUUGUUAUCCACUUGCUUUUGGCGUUCCAGCCAUUCUUAUGAUAAUUUCUGUCGUGAUUUUCGUCUGCGGAAGAAACAUGUAUAAACAGUAUCCACCUGAGGGCAACAUCGUUGUUGAAGUCGCCAAAGCAGUUUGCUUUGCAUUGAAAAGAAAAAUAGCGAAUUGUGGUCGCGGUGAAAAGAAAGAGCACUGGAUGGACUGGGCAGCAGAAAAAUAUGACGAGAUGUUAAUAUCGGAUAUAAAAGCACUGUUUAAAGUCCUUUUUAUGUUUCUGCCACUCCCUGUGUUCUGGACGCUCUUUGAUCAACAGGGAUCAAGAUGGACUUUGCAAGCAAUAGAAAUGAACGGCGAUAUUGGACCACUUGGUACUUUGAAGCCUGAUCAAAUGCAGGCUUUGAACCCUGUGUUUGUGAUGAUUUUGAUUCCCUUCUUUGAGACUAUUGUCUACCCACUCGCAAGGAGGUGCAGAUUGCUGACAAAGCCCUUGCAGCGAAUGAGCUUUGGCAUGUUUCUUGCUGCCAUUUCAUUUGUUAUCGCUGGAAUUCUUCAAUCCCGGAUGGAGAACGUCUCGUCCGUAGCUAAAAUGCCAGCAACUGGUUUUGCAAACUUCCGUGUAAUCAAUGCAGUUCCGUGUGAAAUUAAAGUCUCAAGUGCCAAUCUUAAAAAGGACAUCAUCUUGUCAAAGAAAAGGGCAACUGAAUACUUUGCAGUGCCAACAAAGCUAACCUCUAUUGACGUGGAAACAGUCAACUGUGCCAUUUCCUUGAAAUCUAAGGAUAAAGUCGAAAUUAAAGAGCAUUACACAUAUUCUUGGGUAGUUGGUUUGAAUCACAGCGCCAUAGUUCCAAUACAGCUUCAAGAUCAAGUAACUCCAUUGGGAAAGGGAAGAGCAUUGGUUCGUUUUGUUCAUGUUGGUAGUACUGUUAUGGAGGAAGUAACCGUGAAAGCAAAUAAAUCUGUUCAAUACGACCUGAGUCCAUUCUCUUCAUAUAGAUAUCACAAAUUUGAUGCGAAACAUUACAAGAUCAGAGUGUCUGCGAAAGGGACUCAGGGAGCUCUUGCUAUGAAAGAGCUGACCUUUGGCAAUGGUGGCAUCUAUUCGGUGAUAAUUCAGUCAAAUCAAGACAAAAGUAAGCUGCAAAUAGUUAAUUACGCUGACGUGUCUCCGCGACCUAUUUCUAUUCUAUGGCAAAUUCCUCAAUAUAUCGUAAUAACAUCUGGCGAAGUUCUUUUUUCAAUCACUGGCCUGGAGUUUGCUUAUUCACAGGCGCCGCCAAGUAUGAAAUCGUGUAUCAUGGCUGCCUGGUUACUAACAGUUUCUUUUGGGAAUCUUAUUGUUGUUAUCUUGGCUGGUGCAAAGUUAACUGAAGAUAUGGCCGAAGAGUUCUUCUUCUUUUCUGCGUUUCUGGCCGUUGUUGCUACAAUAUUCAGUGUCAUGGCCUACUUUUACAAGUAUGUUAAUUAUGGAUCAAGUCGGAAUGAAGGUGAAUUCGAGAAGCUGAUCAGCAAUGACGACAUUCAGCUAGAAAAAAUUGGAGAUGGUGAAGGCGAUAACGCAGAUGAAAAUAAGGAAGAUAAAUAGGUAUUUGUUAUAUAGCUGUAUAAUUGAUAUGUUAGGUGUUGGGAAUCUUGUUGUCUAAGAAAGAUAGUCCGAUUUUGAAUAACUUUUCUACUUCACUAGGCCUCUAACGUUUUUUUGCUUUCUUAUGGGUAGCUUUUAACUGGCUCAUUAAUCAAGUGAUAUGUAGCCUGCAUGGAAGGAAGCUUUCAAGGAAUUUUGUAGCUUUCAAUGCAAGUUUUGAGAAGUGAUUGCCCAUUCAUCCUUUAAGUGGAACGCCCAUCUUUUCGAAACGAGUCAAAACUGCUAUGUUUGGGACAAAUCUCCAAUGCAUUUUGACAAGCACAAUUACAUUCAUGAAAGCCGAUAGUUACAGCCCACGAAUAAAAAAUCACGAGUGGCUUGUCAAUGAACCCAUGACAUUCUUAACCCUUAAUCAUCUAAGUCCAUUAAAUUUAAUGUAGUAAACAGGUCCCAAGUUAAGAUGGUUGUUGUUGGAUUGGGGCAUCAUUAUGGUCAGGCUCCCACAGACACUAAAACGGUGUUGUUUAUCUUAUAUCAUUAACACAAGUUCUUCAAAAGCAGGUUUCAUGUAAAGCACAUUCUCCGGAAAUCUUUUGAUUUUUUAUGAAUUAUGGUUCGUAUCUAAGGCAUAAUUUUAUGGGCAUGGCUCUAUAGAGGGGACUCGUUAAUAACAAGGUACCUCACCUUGAACUUCUAAACGUGUACUUUAAGUUUAUAAAUUACAUGGUGGAUAUUCACGAAAAAUAUUGCUAAUGAUUUAAUCUGGUUACUGGUAACCUACUUUUGCAAAUCAAGGAUUUGUGAUUUAAACUUGUGCAUUCAGCAAUAUCAUUCUAGAUUACCACUUUGUAUGUCUAGCUACUUAUAGAAAUGGAUGUAAAUUAUAAAGACUGCUAAUAUUUUAUAUUUUAUAAUUUUUUGUCAGUUAUUCUUGUAAAAGUUGAAAUGAUAAAAAUAGUACCGUCAAUUUUGGUCAUCUUCUCUGUCAAUGCGCAA